UCUGUGUGUGUGUGUGAGAGAGAAAGGAGAUUUCAGUGAGUUGAAGAAGUCUCGCAUGUUAAUAUUGAGAAGCUUUUUUCACACGGAAAUUGAGAGAUAAAAACAGAGGCGGGAGACUGAAGAUAGAGAGAGAAAGAGAAGGAUCGAGGAGAAGAAGUUCGUCGUCGUCGUGAAAUUCCUUCAACCAAGCUAGGAUUUGGAGAAAGUUCCAGUUUUUGCAUGAAGUAAGCAUAUAUCAACAGUUUAAACUUAUCCCAUUCAAUUUAUCAAGCAUGACGAAUCAGACUGCUCAAAAAGUUCGACUGGUUAAAUGUCCCAAAUGCAAAGAAAUUCUUCCGGAGUUGGCAGCUAUUCCUGUAUACCAGUGUGGAGGAUGUGGGGCUUUUCUACAAGCUAAAAGACCGAAUCACAUGAUCAGGGAAAGACCACGCAAAGAUGAAGCCAAUACAAUCUCCGAGAACGAAUUGGAGUUGUCGAAUGACAAAGAGGCUCAGAGUUCGAGUCAAGCUGCGAUUUCCACAGGAAGAAUGAUACAUCCUACGGAGAUUGAGAACCAUGGUAUUGAAGAGUCAUCAUUUGACCCCGAACCUGAAAAGGUAGUAGAUCAAGAACAUACAGUUGAUAAUGAAAAACUACUAGCAAAUAUCAACCAUCCCGAGGAAGUUGUUCCUACAAAUCAGCAAAAAGAGGGUAACGAGUUCCCAGAUGUGGCCAGCAAUCAAAACGAGAAGCAACUUGAAGAUGUAAAAUGUGAAGUUGCUAAGUCAGCUGAGUUUGUUCAGCAAGAAAGCGAAGAAUCAUCGCCGCCAUCGGAGAAUUACGAUGAAAGUUCGGCCACUGACGAGAAUGAUGAAUUAUCACCGAAUAUUGGAAUUACUGUCAAUGAAGAGGAGGAAAUUGAUGUGCUAUCGAAAGAUCUUAUAUUAAAGCCUAGUGGAGAUAGUAACUGCACUUUUGAAGUUUCUCCACCAAUUAAGUUAUCACAAGAAACUGGUUAUGAUGAGUUUGGAAGAGAAUGUGAUAGAGAUGCAAACCCUUCUGUCAUAAUUGCCUCCUCUGAAGAUCCAUCUCCAACACAUGGAACAAAUACUGAUCUUGACCAACAUCCAAGCUCGAGUGACUCAUCCCUUUCUGUUUUCAGGCUUUCAACUGAUACCAACCUUGAACCUCCCUACGGUCUCUUGAACGAUCAGCCUGGGACAAUUGCUCUCCGUAGUGUACAUAGCAUAAGCUCAGAUGAGACAAUAGGAGAUACAAAAAUCCCUCCAUUAGAUGCUCCUGCAGCCUAUUUUUCUUACGAAGGCAGUGUAUCAUCCUUCGAUGGAAUUGAGGAUCAAGCUCCUCCCCUUUAUCCUCAGAGACGACUGCAUGAUCAGAUGAGGAAUUUCUCAUCACUUGAAAAAGAUCACGCCAUGGAAUGCAAGAAGUUGCAUCAGUAUGAAUUGCCUGAAGAUAGAAGAUAUGGCUAUCCUGUGAGAAUCCCGUAUCGAAAAACUGAGCAUCGUUCUGGACUCUCUACUCAUCCAAACAACUACCGUUCUUUUGACUAUGGAAGCACAUCCACUUGUGGAUGCAACGACUUGAACCACAAUCGGAGGAACUUUGAUGUAGUCAACCGAGUCCAGUAUGCUGAAGACAAAAAAAUGGAACUCCUUGAAAUGAUCAAUGAACUGCAAGAUCAGCUUAAUGAUAUUCACGUACCAAUGGAAAAUGUAAGAGGGAAGUUAACAAACGGAGGAUGUAAUACAAAUAGAGAGCGUAGACCCCCAUUUUACGAUCCCAUAUUAGCUGCAGAAACAUAUUCUAGAUGUGAAGUCCAUUCUCGCAAGUGCCAGAUCUCGCGAACGGCCUUUUCAGCCGAGUCCCCUUACAGUAGACAUCAAGCUGAUCCUCGGACUAGGAAUUAUUCUGCUGAGUUACCUCCAUGCCAAAUGGGUCGCAACUAUCGUCGGCCUAGCCGUUCAGGCCCCCAGAAUUUCUACAGGUCCGAUUCUUCGCUAUUGAGCUCUGAUUGGAAAUAUGACGACAUUUGUCAUAAAAAUAAUAAUGUCAUGAAGAAUCUCAUUAAGGACAGGCUUCACUCGGGUAAGAAGCAGGUUCGACCGACAGUUGGAGGAGCCCCUUUCGUUGUUUGUUAUCAUUGCACAAAGUUGCUACAAUUGCCCACAGAUUUUGUGGUUUUCAAGAAUAAGAAAUCUCAUCGGCUGAGAUGCGGUUCUUGCUCGCAUGUACUGAGGUUUUCCUUUGAGAAUGAUAAUUGCAUGCUUCCUAAGAUCCAGAGCCCUUCCGGUGUGGUUGCACCACCACCUAGUGAAGUUAAUGUGCAAAGUGGGGUUCGCUCUUAUGCAGAAUCCACACGUAUUCGUAUUCGGGCAACCAAAAAAUUCUCAACUGGCGCUGAGUUUGAAGAGUCGAGAGCAAUUUCGCCAGUGGUGGAAAGAUCCAGAAAUGUAAACGAAAAAGGAGUGCCAUCGACCAAUAUUGAGAAAGCAAAGCCAGCAUCAAGCUCGACUCUUCAUAAACUCAUGGGAUAUUCUUCUCCAAGCCAAGUGUUCUUCCGUGGAAAGAGUACUCGUCUGAAACAAACCCUUUCAUAAUCGUCGUCCCCCAUCAUUUUAUAACGAUUCCUCCUGCAACUUCUUUUCUCUCAUCUCUGUUAGUUUGAAGAACGCAGGAGGCAUCAACUGCAGUACCAAGUCAUUAAGUGGUUACUUUAUAUCCAGUUCAAGAAUUAAGGCUUACUUUGUAAUUUCACUUCAUAUGCACCCUUGUUUUUAUAUGUUCAUAUUCAUAUAUUUCAGAAUUUUGUGAUAAAGUUGAAACCAAAUUGUUAAUUAGUUGUUUGAUCUAGGUAUUGAAAUUAUAUGAUAUACUUUGGAACCUGCCAAUUUACUCUAUAAAUUGAAGUAUUUUGUG